AUGCGUGAGCUAGUUGAGCGCAAUCCUGAAGUGGGACAGAUGCUCCGAAAUCCUGAUCUUCUACGGCAAUCUCUCGAAAUCGCUCGCAAUCCUUCUCUGAUGCAAGAGAUGGUGCGGAACUAUGAUCGAGCUUUAUCCAAUCUUGAGUCUCUUCCCGGUGGUAUGCAACAUUUGCAGCGGAUAUUUCAAGAUAUACAAGAGCCUAUGAUGGACGCUGUAAGGACCAUGGGUGGCGCUAACGACAAUCCUUUCGCUGAUCUCGCUUCGGGCGGAACACAUUCACGAUCCACCAAUUCAGAUCAGCGUCAAGCUGCUCCGUCCAAUGAGCCAAUGCCUAAUCCAUGGGCUGUAAACAGUUCCAAUAACGAAGCGAGACCUGGGAUCGCGGGUGGCACUAUGGCUGGCUCUAGGACUGUUGGUGGUGACCCAAUGCAGAAUAUGCUCAGGCAGUUGGCCAGUCGGCCAGAGCUAAUGGCCAAUGCUUUCCAGCUGCUUUCUUGUGCACGAACUUCUUCCUAUUCACGAGAUUAG